CAGAGACUUUCAGGAUCAUUUAAACCUUAAAUUUAAUCUCAUGUAGUCAGGAUUUAAACUCAGGUUCAGUUAUUUCAAUAAAACCAUCCUGAGACAUUUAGAACAAUCGAAGCGUCGGAGUUGAAGAACACGGAAAUGUCUGCUGUGACUGCGUCGCUCUGCUCGACUUUGCUGUUUGUCGGCCUCUUCGUGUUUGUCUCUGCAGGCAAGGAGAUCAUCACAGCUGAGUCUGGACAGAAGAACGUCAGUCUCCCAUGUCGAACUCCAAACAACAUCACAAUCAGACUUGUAAAGUGGAGCAAAACUGGCCUGGAAAAAUAUGUCCUUUUGUACCGAGAUGAACACUUUGAUCCAGCCAACCAGCAUCCAUCUUUUAAGAACCGGGUGGAUCUGCAGGACAGACAGAUGAAGGAUGGAGACGUGUCUUUGAUUCUGAAGAAUGUGACGACUGCUGAUAGUGGAACAUACGAGUGUCGUGUCCUCAUGAGUGGAACAAAAAAUGCCCUCAGCAUCACCCUGAGUGUUGUUGAUCCUCCAGGUGAGUGA